AUGGCAUUUUUCAGAAAAUUGCAGCGGAGUCUGCCCUCCGUGUCCUCCCUGGUGGACACGAUCAGUAACGCCGUGGAAGACCUGACCACCGCUGUCGGGGAGGUCAGCUAUGCUUUAAGUGACGCGGUUUCUGAACAGGUGACAAGUAUGAUGAAUGGCUUUCAAACAGAAGAGGAAAGGUCUUCAGCAGCGGAAGCUGUGGAUACUUCUAAACAAGAAGACGCCGUGUCACCAGGAGUCUCCAAAAACACCGAUGGUCAGGAAGCACCAUCCGACUUGGAGCACACAGCAAAUCAAAGGAAUCGUUAUACUACUUCAGGUUCACAAAGGCAAGAUCAAGGAACAAAUGAAGAAAGACCGUUUAAACAGAUUAAUGAUAGGCAACAGAUGCUAUCAAAAUGUCAAGAAACCAAUACUGCUGGUAAUUCUGUGGAAGGCCAUGUGAGUGAUGGUGGGAUAUCAGUUGUUGAGCAGAAUGCAAGGGCUGGAUCUAUUUGCCAAGAACUCGGACCUACAGACAGGUAUAAAAACAUUGGAUUAGGAAUUUCUAGUAAUGGUAAGAAUGAUUUAAAGGAGGUAAGGUGUCAAGAAACGAGAGAAAAACAUUUAAAGAAAGCCGAAAACCAUAUUAAAAGGAAAGGGUCGAAAGGAAAUGAGUGUUCAGGAAAUGAGAACUCUCCAAAAGAUAUCUUGGCGAGCAAUAGACGUGUGAUAAGGAAAUCCAUUAUGAAAGAAGACAAACAUCUAGCACCAUCAACUAGCUCUAAAGAUAAAUUACAUGGAAAAAUCAAAGAACAUAUAAAUGCAACAAAAGGCUACAAAGUGAAAGGAGACAUAAAAACAAAGAAAAGUGAAGCCAUUUCUGCCAAGAAAGGAAAAGCAAAGAGUAAAGAUGAAAAAUAUUCUAAGAUAAUACCAGGAAAAGAUAAUUCCUACCUGGACAGAGAUGAGCACGGUUCAUCCUCUGAAAGUGAAGAUGAAGCACUGGGUAAAUACCAUGAGGCCUUAUCCCGAACACACAAUUCCAGACUACCAUUGGCUGAUUCUAGGCAAAAGAACUAUACUUGGGAAACAAGACAAAAAUACAGUCCUCUGUCUGCAGAGUAUGAUGGAUAUAGUAGUGAAGCAUCAAUAGAUGAAGGAAACUGCAUUCAGAGGAUGAGAAGAUCACCCCCACUGGACGAACUGCAGCCCCCGCCGUAUCAGGAUGACAGCGGGUCUCCCCACCUCUCAUGCACACCCUCAGAAAUCGGGGACAGUAAAUGUGAAUUUUCCCACUGCAGCAACAGCCCAAGACGCUCAUAUAACAAGUGCCCGAGUGAAGGAAGCACGGGUCACGAAAUAGAAAGUUUCCAUAAUAAAGGCUAUGAAGAAGACGUUCCCAGUGACAGCACGGCGGUCCUGAGCCCUGAGGACAUGUCAGCUCAAGGAUCAUCUUCACAGCUUCCCAAACCCUUUGAUCCUGAGCCAGAAGCUAAGUAUGGCACACUGGAUGUGACUUUUGACUAUGACUCACAAGAACAGAAGCUCCUGGUAACGGUGACAGCUGUCACAGAUAUCCCAACAUAUAACAGGACAGGUGGCAACUCAUGGCAAGUACACCUUGUUCUUCUACCUAUAAAGAAACAGAGAGCAAAAACCAGCAUCCAGAGAGGACCAUGCCCUGUCUUCACAGAAACAUUCAAAUUUAACCAUGUUGAAUCUGAGAUGAUUGGAAAUUAUGCAGUUCGAUUUAGACUGUAUGGUGUACAUCGCAUGAAAAAAGAAAAGAUUGUGGGGGAAAAGAUUUUUUAUUUAACAAAAUUGAAUCUUCAAGGGAAAAUGUCAUUACCUGUGAUAUUGGAACCUUCUUACAAUCAUUCUGGCUGUGACUCCCAAAUGAGCAUGUCAGAAGUGUCCUGUAGUAGAAGUACAUCCUCCUGUCAGUCUCUUGAGCAUGGCUCAGUUCCAGAAAUUCUCAUUGGCCUGCUUUAUAACGCCACCACUGGCAGACUAUCAGCAGAAGUCAUCAAAGGCAGCCACUUCAAAAACUUGGCAGCAAACAGACCACCCAAUACAUAUGUUAAAUUAACUCUACUAAAUUCCAUGGGUCAAGAAAUGUCUAAAUGCAAGACAUCCAUCCGCAGAGGGCAGCCAAAUCCCGUGUACAAGGAAACUUUUGUUUUUCAAGUGGCCCUGUUUCAGCUCUCUGACGUGACCCUUAUCCUGUCUGUGUAUAACAAGCGCAGCAUGAAAAGAAAAGAGAUGAUAGGCUGGAUUUCUCUAGGUCUGAACAGCUCUGGAGAGGAGGAACUCAAUCACUGGACCGAAAUGAAAGAGUCGAAAGGACAGCAAGUGUGCAGAUGGCACGCGCUACUGGAGUCAUGA